UUCAGUUUAGUCAUGACCGGAACCAUGUUUCUUGGAUAAAGUGAAAACGGAUAUUUCUGUCUUGAAAAUGUCUCGUUUAAUUGUAAAGAAUCUGCCGAGUGGGAUAAAGGAAGAGAAGUUAAGGAAUCAUUUUGGCAAAGUUGGCUCAGUUACAGACUGUAGUUUGAAGUAUACUAAGAAUGGAGUGUUUAGAAAGUUUGCUUUCAUUGGCUACAAAACAGAACAAGAAGCUCAAUCAGCCUUAAAACAAUUUAACAAGACCUUUAUUGAUGCUUCUAAAAUUGUGAUUGAAAUUGCUAAAGAUUUUGGGGACAUAAACAAACCAAGGGCAUGGAGCAAGUAUGCAAAAGAUAGUUCGGCUGGCCAAGCCAACUUGAAAACUUCCAAAGAAGAUGUACCUAAAAAGGAUGAAAAGAAGAAGAAAAAUAAGAAAGCAGACCAUAAGAUUGUUGAUGAGUUAUUAGAUGAUGUUAAGGAUGAUCCUAAGUUUAAUGAAUUUCUGGAGGUCCAUCAGAAUGUUAGUGUAAAACCUGUCUGGACCAAUGAUGGUGUAAGACCUAAGGAUGAGGAUGGAAGUAAGGUCAGUGACGACAAAAUGUCUGAUUUGAAAGAGUCAUCAGAUGACAGUGCGAGUGAAUCAGAUUCUGAUGGAAGAGGAAGUGUGAAGAUGGCCAAUAUUGUAGAAGGAAAUAAAUGA